UCUACUGCAAAGAGGGAACCUGCGUUGAACAAGCCCAAAUGGGAGAAUUAUACUGUGCAGUGCAUACAUGCACAACCAAUGGCUGUAUGGAGCCAAGGGAUGGGAAUAGCCAUCUGUGCAAAAACUGCUAUCAGAAAGGGAUCUUUUUGUGAACAGUGUGGGACAGAUAAGGACGUGGGUGACAAAUAUUGUCGGGGGUGUAAAUGUCAAAUAGAUUCAUGCGAAAACAAAAGAGAAGAUUAUAAAACCUUUUGUAAGGAAUGUCAAGAGGACUCAAGAAGGUGUAUAACGGAAGACUGCCCUAGGGCAAAGCUAAGUGGAGGAAGCUAUUGUGAAAAUUGUAGAAGAAGGGAUUUGAGAAGAUGCCCAGCCCCUUUCUGUACAGAAUGGAAUCACAUAAAUAACACUCAGUGCCAACACUGUGGAGCCAAAAUAAGACAAUGUGAAGAACAGGGAUGUGAAAACCUUGUGCUGGAGGACGCGAUGUACUGUUGGCCCUGUGAAAAGAAUCUACCAGAGUGCAUAAGGGAAGGAUGCCGAAACUCAGUGCAGCAUAGGUCAAAUCGGUACUGUGAUGUUUGCUUUAAUAACAUGAGCCCACCAAACACACCAUCACCAACAGUUUCUCGAACAGUCAGAAUGGGGCAAGGAGCGGGACCUCAACCAAACUUAGCAGGAACUAGUAUCCAGGGAAUAGGAAGAACUGCCACACCACCACCAAGACAACCGCCUAAUUGGCAAACAACAGUCACACAACCACCAGGGGGCCAGCAGGGUGUAGUUGAUCCAUUCAUCACGGUUAUUAGGUCAUCUUCCCCACCAAUUCUACCAAUUACACAACCAAUUGCAAUACCAGUACCCACUACACAACCACAACCACCACCACCACAGCCAAUAGCUCCACAACCAAUGCCGCCACUAGUACCAUUUCCACAGCAACCACCAGUGACUACCCAACAGCAGCAGUUGCCAUUACCAAUACCACCAGUUACAGUGGCAAGCACUCAACCAACACAACCACCACCAGGGCAACCACCAGUGGGAGGAACUCUUCAACACAUCAACACAUUGGUAGCUACCCAAGUAACACAACUAGGACAGAAUGUGAAUGCACUAGCCAUGGAAAUCAGAGAAGGAAAAGUAAUGAGCAACCAGGGGAAUGUUUCCACUGUAAUAAAACAGGACAUUGGGCAAGGAACUGCCCAGAAAGAAACAAACGAGCAAAAUGUUACAAUUGUGGAAAAGAAGGCCACAUAUCAAGUCAAU